ACAUUAGAUUAUUAUAUUCUGAAUCAAGAUCUUUGUUCUCAUUACGAUCACUUAUUGAAGAAAAAUUAUGCGUAAAAAAUGAUUGGUUCAUUGUAUUGAGCUCAUACGGGGAAACCCUACAACUACCAUCAAGGUUAUAUUUUGACGUAUUAAAGAUAAAUGUUGGUGAGUAUGCAAGUAGUUCGAGAACCGUGCUGUGCCGUCGUAGAUCUUUUCUAUUUUACUUUUACAUAUUAUUUAUAUAGUGUUUAAUAUUCAUUAUUUGUACAUUCUAUCAUAAUAAAAAUAGUGAACGUUUAUUAAGUUUUGUGAAACAGUUUAUAACAACGCACAAUGCCUGAAGUUUAUGAAAAUUACUCGGUUUUAAACAAUGUUUGUGAAAACGAGAAUUUCUUGCCUUUUGACUAUGACAUACCGGCAAUGAAUACUCAAAGUAGUUGUAGUCCAUUUAGUGAUUCGCACAGGACUUCUUUGAUGUCGCCGCUCACUGAUAGUGAAUUUAUGUCAUUAAAGAAUGCAACAGUAAUUGGAGAACCACAUAUAACAAUUUUGGUACAACCAGUAGAAAAAUUUAGAUUCCGGUACAAGUCAGAAAUGAUGGGGACACAUGGAACUUUAGUUGGAUCAAACAGUAGCGGCAGCCGGACAAAAAGUCCACCAACAGUACAAUUGCACAAUUUUUUGGAGCCUGCAAUAAUUAGAUGUACAUUAGUUACAUCUGAUGAAGGUCGAAGAAUACCUCAUGCACACAGAUUAGUAUAUAGAGAUGGUGGAGUUGAUUAUGAUGAACCAUAUCAUAUUAAAGUGUCUCCUGAAACUGGUUAUACUGUAGCAUUUCACGGAAUGGGAAUUAUACAUACUGCAAAAAAGCAUGUUAGAGAUGAACUUAUUCGCAAGAUGAAACUGGAAGCUUUAGAAAGAAAUAAAGGCAUUCUUAGUACUCGAGAAGAAGCUCAGAUUAAAGCUGAUGCUGAAUUCUACCAAAAAUGUAUGAAUUUAAAUAGUGUUGCAUUAUGUUUUCAAGCAUUUAUUGUUGAUAAAGAUAAUACUAUGUGUCCAAUAACAGCACCUGUUUAUUCACACUCUAUUAAUAAUCUCAAAAGUGCAUUAACUGGAGAACUUAAAAUAUGCAGGAUUGAUAAAUAUACCAGUUCAGUUGAAGGAAAUGAAGAAAUAUUUAUACUUGUAGAGAAAGUGGGAAAAAAAAAUAUUAAAAUAAAAUUUUUUGAAUUAAAUGAAAAUGGUCAUGAAAUUUGGAGUGCUUAUGGACGCUUUACGGAAUUAGAUGUUCAUCAUCAAUAUGCUAUUGUAUUUAAAACUCCACCAUAUAAAGAUCAAAAUAUUACUUCGCCAAAAGAAGUUUUUAUACAGUUAGAACGACCGUCUGAUGCAGAUUAUUCUGAACCAAAAAAAUUUACGUAUAAACCAAGUGACAAAAUUAUAGGUAAAAAACGGCAACGUAUGUCUCACUCUGGAAGUUCAGAAUUGUCACACAUAGUUCCAACUUAUAAUGCUCCUGUCGACAAUAUAUCAGGAAUUUUAAGUGGCGAUAGUCAAGAUAUUUCUAGGGAAAUAAAAAGAUUACUUUCUGAAGGUUGUUCUUCACCAAUGCAAAAAAGUUUCAUUGAUUGUAUGGACAUUAAUCAAUAUCUAUUACAUAUUGAAAACAACGAUGGAAAUAUGUUGACUUCUGAUGGUCCAUUAACUCAACAGUAUUAUGAUGAUACAAUGUUUGCUAAAAAUAUACUUACUGAAGCUAUAAAAUGUAUGAAAAUGGAUUCAACAAAUAUGAAAGAACAUAUUCCAAAGCUGCUCAAGGAUCGUUCUACCUAUGGAGAUUCUCCAUUACAUGCUGCCCUUCGGUAUGGUCAACGUGAUAUCGUCAAAUAUAUUCUAAUGCUUAUAAGUACUGACAAAGACUGUAAAUCACUUGUAAAUGGGCAGAAUAGUUCUGGAAAAACACCAUUACAUUAUGCUGUCUUACAAAAUCUACCAGAAGUUACAGAAGCAUUACUUAUGCUUGGAGCUGAUCCAAAUCGAAUAGAUGAACAUGGAUUUUCACCAUUACAUGCUGCUGUAAGAAUUCCCGAAGGUGGUGCUUGCGUCGAUGCUUUAUUGUCAGAGAAAGCAAUUAACAUUGAAUUGUACAAUGAUGCUGGAUGGACAGCAUUGCAUCUUGCUGCAGAAGCAGGUUCAUAUAAUGCAGUAUGUUCCCUCGUUAAAGCAGGUGCAAAUGUAAACAGUACGGAUAUGUCUUAUGGUAGAACAGCAUUACAUAUAGCUGUAGAAGGUGGACAUAAAAACAUUGUUAAAUUUUUACUUACAAAGACAAAUAUAUCUGUAAAUAAAAGAAAUUUCAGUGGCAAUACCGCUUUACAUACUGCAGUUGUACAUUCUGGAGUAAGAGCAAAAGAAUUAUGUGCACUACUAUUACAAUAUGGUGCAGAUCCCCAUAUUCAGAAUCACAAUCGAGAAAUGAAUAAUGAAGAAAAAAGGAAAGGAGGUAAUGUCACUAUAAAAGAGGAAAUUGAUUCAGGAGAUGAAAAUACAGAAGGAACUGCUGGACAAUCAUCAUUUGAUUUAGCCAUGAAUAAACCAGAUAUCUUACAGCUCUUUAGUGGGAAAACUGAAGAAAAUACAAAUGAAAUGUGUUCAGUUACUACAAAACUAGAAAUCGAAGAUAAAAAUUUAUCUACGAGUUGGUUAAAUGAUGAACACAAAAAAAAGUUAUCUGAUAUUUUGGAUAAAACAGAAGGCUGGAAGAAACUCAUAAAAGAGUUAAAUUUUGAAUAUAUUUUUAAAACUCUACAUCAAAGUUCAUCAAGUCCGUCUUUGCUUUUAUUAAAUUAUAUUGAUGUUCAGGCAUCUUUAUCUCUUCUAGAUAUGGAGAAUUUGUUAAGAGGUAAUGGAGAGGAAGAAGCUGCAAAUUAUGUACAUGAAAUUUCAUCUGCUUAUACGUAAAAUACAUUUCUCUUUUUAAAUGUAUUUGUAUGUUGUAUAUAUAUCAUUAAAUAAAUAAGUAUACAUUAUA